UCAGCUGUGAGGGCGCGACACCAAACAAACUCUCCUUUCUUCAAUUGACAUGGCCGGCCAACAGCCAAUGAAGGUCUUUAAUGAUCCCAUCCAUGGGCACAUGGAGAUACACCCACUCCUUGUCAAAUUCAUUGACACUCCCCAGUUUCAAAGACUACGAAACAUCAAGCAGCUGGGUGCAGCCUACUAUGUCUACCCUGGAGCAUCCCACAACCGUUUUGAACACUCCAUUGGAGUGGCGCACCUAGCAGGACAGUUUCUACAAGCUCUGAGAGACCGGCAGCCAGACCUUGACAUCACUGAUGAAGACAUCCUUUGUGUGCAGAUCGCUGGUCUCUGCCAUGACCUUGGACAUGGGCCUUUUUCUCAUUUGUUCGAUGGAAGAUUCAUUCCUGAAAUUAGGAAGCAAAAACAGCAACCACCAAACAAUGGGGACAACGAAUGGAAGCAUGAGGACGCUUCUAAAAUGAUGUUUGAUCACAUGGUGGAAGUUAAUGAGUUAAAGAAGGAGAUGGAAAAGUACAAGCUGGAUAAGGACCUUGAAUUCAUCAAGCAGCUGAUAGAUGGACGCCCAGACGGUGAAAAUCAGGGAAGAGGCGAGGUCAAGUAUUUCCUCUAUGAAAUCGUGGCCAACAAAACCAAUGGCAUUGAUGUUGAUAAGUGGGACUACCUAGCCAGGGACUGCCAUCAUCUGGGCAUUCCCAUGACCUUUGACUAUCGCCGCCUCCUGAUGUUCACCAGGGUGUGUGAGGUGGAUGGACUGAGACACAUCUGCAUCAGAGACAAGGAAGCAGCAAAUCUGUAUGACAUGUUCUACAGAAGGUUCUCUCUCCACCAAAGAGCCUACCAGCACAGAGUGAACAACAUCAUAGCAUACAUGAUCACAGAGGCCCUUUUAGAGGCAAAUGAACACAUCAGGAUUGAUGGACUCACACUUUCUGAAACCAUCCAUGACAUGAGCGCCUACACCAAGCUGACAGACAGCGUGUUUGAUCAAAUACUCAGCUCCUCUGACGACAAUCUAAAGGGGGCAAAAGAGAUCCUCAACAAGAUUGUCCGUCGACAGAUCUACAGAUAUUUGGGCAAGAUUCCUAGCAAGGAAAAGACGAGGGAAAUCAAAAACAAGUGGGAAGAAGACCAAAUAAUUGAGUUAGACCUCCAGGAUUUCAUACUCGAUGUUGUUACUCUGGAUUAUGGGAUGAAGGAUAAGGAUCCCAUUGAUAAAGUGUAUUUCUACAGCAAGAAGAACCCUGACAAACCAAAAAGAAUAAGCAAGGAACAGGUGUCCAAGCUCCUCCCAGCUGACUUUGAUGAGACGUUCCUCAGGGUCUACUGGAAGGGUGAGCCUGAUGAUGAGAGCCUGGAGAGCGCCAAGGAGAUAUUUAAUCAGUGGUGCAAAGACAACGGUUUCCCAUUGCUUCAGCCAGAGGAUGGAGAUGAAGAUGAAGCUUAGCCUGCCAAACAACAGCAGGUUGAACAACAGUGAAGGAAAAGGUGACAGCUCCAGAGCAGAAAGUUCAGAAGCUGGAAAAAGGAAGGCCAAACUUUGAAUCAAAACAACAUGAGUAUAAAAAUAAGUAAAUCAUGAGCAGUCUGAGAAGUCUGAAAAUGAAAACAAUGAUCUUUCCUGCACACAUCACUGUGAUUAUAUUAUAUUUUCACAUAUAUACACUUUUUCUGCACUUCCAGGCUUAAUUGAGUACUCGCAACUUUUAACAGUCCAUGGAUUUUUAAAGGAUAAUUGCAGCUAUUUUCAACCUGCAGUCCAUUUUCUUAUUUUUUGGCAUCAUGAUGAUUGAAGCACAGGACCAAAACAGUAAUCUCAAAUAGCUGAAUACAAAAAGUGAUUAAAACAUCCACUGUAAUACUCGCAUUGUUUUUAAUUACAAGUAGAAUAUGUUUGAAACAUAAUAACAUAAUACAUUCACCACAGUAGCAAGAAGCAAGAUAUAUCUGAUGUGGUUCAUUUAUGGAUUUAUUACAUAUUGAUAAAUACAAAUGAUUUUCCAAGUAGACGCAUUCCAGUGUUGAAAAAAAAUAUGUAAAGAGCACUUUCAAACUGAGGUAACACCAUCACACGUCAUGCAUGAAUGCAGCAGAUGACCGGCGUCAUGCAAGGAAACUGGAAAAGUAACAAAUGGACUAUCAUGACGUAAAUAUAAUAAUUGUUCAGUCACAGCCAUUUAUAAAUAUAAGCACAGUGUGAGUGCUAUAGUAGCAAAAGUUUUAAACAUUAUGGAUUCAACUGCUGAGAUUAUGUGUUGGCCCGUGUCAUUCUAAUACUGUUAUCAUAUAAUCAUAUCAUUAAGGGUGAAGGCAGUAUAUUCUCACAGCAUAUACUCAACUUUAUGUGUUUCAGGGGUUGGUUUAUUCAAUUUAAAGUUAUAUUCAUGAUGUUAUUGUGUUUUUGUUUUGUUUUUUGUUGGGGUUUUUUGUCAUUGUUGUUGGUCAGCUGGCAUAGUUGCCAAGCUUAAACAGUCAUACCAGGUCAUCUGACUGUCUGUGUGUUUUUUGUGACAAUGCGCAGAAAUAUCACUAAUGGAGGUGGAGGUGUGCUAUUAUGUUUUACUGUCCCAUAUUUAAGUUUUAAGUUGAGUGUUUAACUUGUGGUUUUGUGGGAUUGUGGGAUUUAACACAUCAAAUGAUAUUUUAUUUGUACCUAUGAAAUUAUUUAGGGAUUUGUUCACAUAUCAUUUUGACUUGGAGUGCAUUUAUUAUGGGUCACUGUCUGUGCUCUUGGUUUGUUUUAAAAUAAAGCUUUCUUUGAAUCGGCCG